AAUGGGAUACCAGAAUGGGCAGAGCAGGGGGAACAAUAAACUGCAGAAGGAUCUCUUUACCGUGCGCUGACAUUCAUAAGGGGCAGAACGCAGUUAUACUUUUGUAGAAUUUCGAAUAGUUAGUUCCCUCAUUUUUGAGAGGCGUUUAAUCACAAGAUUAGUGUGCCACCACAAAGAAAGAGCGACGAAGAACGGGAUUCGCUGGAGAUACUACGGACAAAGGAAAGCUGUUUUAAUUGACUUCAAACAACAGAACUACUACAAUUGGGAAAAUAUUACAUGGUUUCAAGUGAAUUUCCCCCCCCUCACUGAACGUUUGAGGUAUCCGUGUUCCAGAAAUGUAAUGCAACGUACUGUACAAUUAUAAAGGAAUUCACUUUACAGUGACGUCCGAGACACUUUGUUAACCAUCUAUUCGGAGACAGAGAAAAUAAUAAGGACAUUACCUAUCGCUUGAGAUAAGACUGGAAUUUAUAUCCUACAAGGACACCGAAAGCGUUCAACAAUAUGGGGGAACAACCCAUCUUCAGUGCCAGAGCGCACGUCUUCCAGAUAGACCCGGCCACCAAGAGGAACUGGCUUCCCGCCAGCAAGCAUGCCGUCACUGUCUCCUUCUUCUACGAUGCCAAUCGGAGUGUGUACCGUAUCAUCAGUGUGGGGGGCACCAAGGCCAUCAUCAACAGCACCAUUACCCCCAACAUGACCUUCACCAAAACCUCCCAGAAGUUUGGCCAGUGGGCUGACAGCCGCGCCAACACCGUGUAUGGCCUGGGCUUUGCCACCGAGCAACAGCUUCAGCAGUUUUCAGACCAGUUCAAGGAAGUGAAAGAAGCAGCACGUCUUGCAAGGGAGAAAUCACAGGAGAAAUUUGAACUGACCAACCCCGCGCUGAAUAUCGCCGCCCCACAGCUCUCUCAGGACUUAUCAGAGGACCACCACUCGCCGCCGCUGCUGACUGUCAAUGGACCCGAGGACAAGCUGUUCCGCAGCAAGAGCGCCGACAUGGAUCAGCUGACGUCAGAGAAGGAGCGCAUUAAGAAGAUGCUGUCUGAAGGGUCCAUAUGUGAGAUUAACCUGGAGUCAGAGCUGUUCACCCUGCAGGACAGCAACGCUAAGCUAGUGGCGGCGCUUCACGAGGCUAACACUGGCGUGGAGGAGUGGAAGAAACAGCUGGCCGAGUAUCAGGAGGAGACUGGCAGGCUCCGAGAUCAGGUGGCAGAGCUGGAGGCUCAGAGCGGGCGGCCUGGUCCCAGUGAGUCUGAGACGAGGGAUGAGCUGACCCAGACGUUAGAGGAGUUGGAAGCCUUGCUCAAAGCUAAAGAUGAGGAAAUCCACAAUCUACAGAGCAAGAAUUCAGAUAUCCAUGAUUUAGAGAAAGAGAGGGAAGAGGCAGUUCAGCGACUUCAGGAUCUGGAGACACGGAACGCAGAACUUGAGCAACGGGUGGAGAGCGCCGAGCAGACUCUGGCUUCCUCUCUGGAGGAGCGGGAUAGAGUGGAGAGCGAGGUUCAGCGGGUCAUCGACGUCCUGGACGUCAAGAUCUACGACCUGAAUGACCUGCGACAGAGCUUGGCCAAGCUCAUCGACAAAUAGCGCAACGUAAUGACAGGAUUGUAGAGGGUGAUGGACAAGGAAGGAAAGGAUGCUAGCUCUUUUGGAACAAUGUUUGCUCAAGCACAUUAUUACAGUGGUUAAGAGUAGAACCGUGGAUCCACCUGUUGCAGCGGUACAUUGUUAUUUUCAAGGUGGUGGGCGGGAGCAGUCUUCUUUUUUUUCUAUUUUCACGUUACUGGGAGAGAAAUGUUCUGUCGACGUUUACAGCAUUUAUGUAAAUGUUGUGAGUCAGUCAACCUGCUGUUAUAGAGGUUAUCUUUAACUUUAAAAGUAGUUUAAUUGAAUCUAGGCUUGCACUUAAAAAUGUAGGUGCCAAAUUGUUUACGUUUGUCAGUAUUAGCAAUUAAUAAUAGGUUUACUUCUAUUGUUUUAUGUAUUGUAUCAUAUUAACAGUUUACAUAAUAAUGAUUUGAUAAUCCUACAGAAAGGGUACUCAAUGACAACUUCAUGAGCUCAGCAAAGAACCUUGCGAAGUACAGUAAUGUGAGUUAUGCGCAUUACCCAAUGUGCAACCUUUUACAAAUAGAUUUAAAAGCACAAGUAGUGUUAUUAGUAAAUAUUUACUGUACUUGAUUCAAUGCAAAGCUAACUUGGUAUCUGAACUUUCACUGAUGCACACCAUCGAGAUUCUCUUCUGUCUUAGGCAUUGAGGCAUUUUUUCUUGGUAUUAGUGAUAUAGGUACAAAUAAGGUUAAAUUAGUGUUGAAUUAGCAAUACAGUUUUUGACAAGUACUCUGUAGGUAAUGUAACAUCACCAAAGCACUUUCUUGUUCAUGUAGACAAACUGAAUUCUGUUGAACAAUGACCACGUUUACAUGCGCACAGUACUCCGGAAAGUAGCUCAUAUCCUGCUUAAGGUCUUAUUCGGGAUAAGCUGUUUACAUGCACCUUUGAUCUCCUGCUCACGAGUAUCCCUGUUCUAUGAAUAAACAGAAUAUUCCUAAUUUAAGUUCAUAUGGGCUAAAUGGAAUAGGAACUGAAAUCUGGACUGACUGUAGGCCUAUAACCUUUCACAUGUAGCCUAAUAUAAUAUGAACUCCUGCAGAAUUAUGCAUUUCUUGCAGU